GCCCGUCGUCCUCGCUAGAAGCCUCCCUGCCUUUUGUUUGUUUUCCUGCUGGAGGCUGGAGAGCGGCCGGGUUCCUGCUGCUCUGCCAUGCGCCACGCGGCCCGUGCGACUCGCCGGUCCUCCUGGGCGUCCCUGCACGGACGCCUCGGCCUGUCCUAGCAGGGAUCGCCCCCAUUCUCAGUUCCCGAGGGGCUGCUGCGCCCCACUCGCCCGAGGAGCUGUGCUCACCGCAGGGGCGGGCCCCCGCCUGUGUUCGCCGCGCCAGCAAAGGACUGAUCUUUGAAAAUAUGUAUUUGGGAGAUAGUCACGUUCUGUUGAAUACCUUGUGCGGGUGCUGCCACAGGAAAAUCUGGUUACACUCCGGGGAGGCCGGCUGCCGCUGCAGGACUGAACCACCUCGGCUCUGAGAUGAGCGUCCGGCCUGCGCGGGCACACCAUGAAUAGGUACACAACGAUCAAGCAGCUCGGCGAUGGAACCUACGGUUCCGUCCUGCUGGGAAGAAGCAUUGAGUCUGGGGAGCUGAUUGCUAUUAAAAA